AUGGCGCUCGGAAAGAAACCAUACCCCAAAGCCACGGUCAAGAAGAUCAUCAAGGCUCAUUCGAACCACAAUCUAAAGAAGAAUGCCGAUGUUACUAUCUUCCUCGACUAUGUCCUAUUCAUGGAAGCGUACGAAUCCGACCAAUCCAUCUAUACCACGACAGCCUGA